UCGUCGUCGUCUUCCUUCAUCUCCUCCACCUCGCAGAAAAGAUCUUCACCUCAAGUCUUCAACCAUGCCCUCUGGCUGCAGCAUCAGAGCUCUCUGGAUAAUCAACAACCAAGACGCCGUCGUUUUCUCCAGGAAAUUCCCGGUCGUUGAGAAGCGAUGGCGCUCCGCCUUCAACACCUCCGACGGCUCAGAUCCUCCUCGCCUUCCCACCGAUCAACAACUCGCAACAGCUUUCACUCAAAGAAAACGACGGGAAGGCUCUGCUCGUGGAUACGGCCUACGUGUCGUCACUCAAUCCACUAAAGGAUCAGAUUCGUGGUUAGAUGAUCCCAUCACUCGUCACAUCAUCAGUCUCCCCUUAUCAUCAUCCGAGGAGGAUGAUGAUAAUAAUGAAUCUAACGAAAAUGAUGAGAUGAAUAUUCUUUGGCCUAUUGUGAUUCAAAGCAAAGGUCUUUAUUGUAUUCUGGUGUUGCCUUUGGUUGAGCCAAAGGAGAUGAGAGACUUUGUUAGCUUGUGUGAUAGAUCUGAUUGUGGAUCAGCCGUUGGUGAAGAUUUGAGUUUGUCAUCUCUCUUGCUUAACAUGUCAUCCAUCACUGGGGCUUUGAUGGUGGCUCAUUCGUUUGGUGAUGUUACCUCUGGUGAAACGGUUGAGCCUGAGGUUGUUGUAGCAGCUUCACCAUCAGUUGGAGGAUUGUUUGAUUCAUUAACUGGGAGUAUUGGUAUCUCAUCAAGGCCAAGACCUGUAGCUGCUGCACCCGUUGCAUCUUCUUCUUCCUCCUCUGGUUCCUCUUUAACCGGAGCUGCGGCAUUAGAUGCUCCCAAAGCAGGGUUACUUGACAAAGAUUUACUUAGAAACUUCAUCGCUAGUGCUAUGCCUUUUGGUACACCAUUAGACCUCAGCCUUUCUAAUAUCUUUGCUAUGAAGGCAAAUGGUUUUUCCUCUGCUGAGCCUCCUCACCAAGACCUUAAGCAACCAGCAUGGAAGCCGUACUUGUACAAAGGGAAGCAAAGGCUGUUAUUCACAAUCCAUGAGACCAUUAACGCCGCAUUGUACGACCGAGACGAGAUUCCCGACAGUGUAUCUGUGGCAGGACAGAUAAACUGCAGGGCAGAGCUAGAAGGACUGCCUGACGUGUCCUUUCCUCUGGCGGGGCUGAGUAAAGCCCACAUCGAGUCUAUAUCAUUCCAUCCGUGUGCACAAGUUCCAGCACAUGGAAUAGACAAGCAGAACAUUGUUUUCCAGCCUCCAUUGGGUAACUUUGUUCUCAUGAGGUACCAGGCGGGUUGUGGGCUUGGACCACCAGUGAAAGGGUUUUAUCAGCUAUCAAUGGUCUCAGAGGACGAAGGUGCGUUCCUCUUCAAGGUGGGUCUCAUGGAAGGCUACAAGAGUCCUCUGUCGAUGGAGUUUUGCACUAUUACUAUGCCCUUUCCGCGGAGAAGGAUUGUGGGGUUUGAUGGGACGCCUUCAGCUGGGACUGUUGUGACUACAGAACACUCUGUUGAGUGGAGGGUUCUGGGCAGUGGGCGUAGUCUUUCUGGAAAAAGCCUUGAGGCAACUUUCCCUGGGACAAUUAAGUUUAGUCCAUUGAAAAGCAGGAGAAGAGGAGACGGAGAUGAUGAUGACAGUGACGGUGAGGGUACAGAGAAUGUGGUGAACGUGGAGGAGGUUUUGGUGCAGAAAAUGAACAAGGAUCUCCCAGCAGUUGAGAUGGAGGAACCUUUCUGCUGGCAAGCUUAUGACUACGCUAAGGUCUCGUUCAAGAUUGUGGGGGCAUCUGUUUCUCGAAUGUCCAUUGACACGAAAUCGGUCAAUAUCUACCCAACCACAAAGUCACCAGUCGAGUAUUCUGCUCAGGUGACUUCUGGAGAUUAUAUAUUGUGGAACACAUUGGGGAAGGCUCCAUCAGCAGCCGUUGUGUAAUUCCCCAAGUCUCGACAUCAGUUCACUGGAGAAGUGUGAGAUUCAAUUUGUUUGUUUGUGUUAAUCAUCAUUAUAAAUGCGUGAAGCAUGGAUGGUUCUAUUUUUUGCUGCGGAAGUGAAUCUGUAUAUUGUUAGUGAUCCUCAGUAAAAGAAGAAGUGUUUUUCCUGACAUGGAACAUGUGUGUGACAUUAAGCCAAUAAAGUCAUGAGUGCAAAUGCGUUGAUAUGGUUUGCAAGGCAGGUCUUUACAGAGGUUAUGAAAGCGUCACUGCAGCGUAAUGCAGAGGUUCUGAUUCAAGAACGAUCCCAUGUUAAGGUACAAGAAAAUGAUUGGACAAGGAUUGUGGUUAUGGACCUUGUGUAGAUAACUUAAAAGUAAAUUUUGUAAGAAAAAUUCAGAAUAAUACUCUGUUUAUCUUCCAGUAAAACAAGAUGUUACAAUUGUUUAUUUUUCAAAUUAAGCAAAAUACUAGUUCCUGG